AUGUCUACUGUCAAAAAAGAGCUUAAUUUGAGGCAUAUUCUGAUCGGAUCGACAAUUCUUGUGUUUGUAUUAGUUUUGGACACUUCUUUGGGAUUGAAUUUUAUUCCUAAGAUAAACACCAGAUUCUGUUACAACUCUCCCAACCCGUCGACCGUUAAUAGUCAAUGUGUUCUUUGCAAUUACUAUCUGUUUGACCAAACGUUGUUGGGAUGUACAGGAUCUACGGCCCUAAGCAUGAAUAUAACCGCAGCCCAAGCUUUUUGUGUGAUUUCUAAUUGUCUCGGACAAGUGAAACAGUCGCCGGUAUUUCUUGGCCGUAAAAAACGAAGCGAAGAUAUGAAUGAGUAUUUGAAUGCAAACGACGACCGAAAGAGCGACGGAAAUACUAUUAACGGUGAAAACGGGUUGAAAGAAGGAGUCGGCGGCGAAGAGAGGGGCUCUCAAAUGGUUUACAAAUACGAUAAUAACGAGCCGUUUAUUAUUGCAAAAGAAGUCGAGGCUUUUAUCGUUGAUUUACCGGAGAUUAUAGACGACUCAAUCAUUUCGACCCGAAUGAGAGUCUGUGUGCAGUCGUCGGACCCGAAUCGACUACAAAGUCAGUGCGUUUAUUGUAAUAAUCGCUUUUUCCAGGCAACUGUCCGCCACUGCACCACAAAUACAUAUCUUCCGGCGAGUCUAACAGUAGAGGAAGCCUUCUGUUUGGUUAGGAUAUGCCGACGACAAUUGCCUUCUAUGAGACCCGAACCAUAUUAUCCUCAAAAUAUCCAACAAUUGCAACCGCCUAUCGAUACGAUCGGUGCGAAUGAUGUCGACUAUACAGAACCGGAAGCCCUUUAUUCUGAUAACGUCUCGAGUGGUGCGACGACCAGCAAAAAAAGACCCCCCGCUUCCUUUUCAGUCGGCAAACCUCAGCGACCGAUCGUCCGUCCCUUUCUAUUUGGAAAACGAAGCAUUGAUGACACUUAUGGUUAUAACGGAUCCCAAGAGAAUGCCCCCUUACCCUCCCAAACGCCCCCCACAUAUAAUAAGGAGCUUUGCAUUGUGUGUAUGGUAUGUCUGGAGGAGAUUCUGAGAUCAGUGACCACUGAAGGGGAGCCAUAA